AUGCACGACGGGAGCGGUCGACCGUCGACGGAUUAUCCGCCGACCACCUCCGCCGGGAUCGGAUACACGCUGGCAACGCCAACCGGCGACGAAGCCAGCCUGCCGGCGGACGAACCGCCCCGCAAAAACCGGAUCGACGCCGGCAUCUCCGGCCGCCGGCGGACGAGCGUGGGUUACCGGGUCGUGUGCACCCGCGCGCACUCUGACCCAUCGGGUAGCAUCCGGUCUUCCUCACCACCCAUUGCCACAGCCACGCUCGGGAUAGACCGCGUCGACACCUCGCACGGCAUGAGAAGCUUCAAGAAAGGCCCGCAUACGGCGUGA